UUCACAUUUGCCCUUUCGGCGCUGUGUUGUUGACGGCAGCAGACCCGUCGUAUCUCUCCCGGUAUAUUAACGAGGGGAAGUCUGGAACAUGGACUGACCGCCGACUGCACGAGCCGAAGGACCGCAGCACUGUUGAACCGCGGGAUUAAUACCGAUUCUAGAAGGUGAGUUUAUAAUAAUGACCAAAGAAGAUGAAAUUCCUGACUGGGCUGGAUCACAGGACUUCUAUGAGAAGUAUGAUCCAAAGGAGAUCCUUGGAAGAGGGGUGAGCAGUGUGGUUCGACGCUGCAUCCAUAAGCGCGUCGCUCAGGAAUAUGCAGUCAAGAUCAUAGACAUCACGCCGUCAGAUAAGAUGAGCCCUGAGGAGAUCGAGGAGAUCAGAAAUGCCACAAUAAAGGAGAUAGACAUCCUCAAGAAAGUGUGUGGCCAAGAAAAUAUCAUUCAACUGAAGGAUUCCUUUGAAACUAAAGCUUUCUUCUUCUUAGUGUUUGACUUAAUGAAGAAAGGAGAGCUUUUUGAUUACCUAACCGAGAAGGUUACACUCAGUGAAAAAGAGACAAGGAAGAUUAUGCGGUCCCUGUUGGAGGUGGUUCAGUUCCUUCACUCUCAGAACAUUGUGCACAGAGAUCUAAAGCCAGAAAACAUCCUUCUGGAUGACAACAUGAACAUCAAACUCACUGAUUUUGGCUUUGCUGUGCAGAUUGCACCAGGACAAAAACUUAAUGAGGUUUGUGGAACGCCAGGCUAUCUAGCCCCGGAGAUCAUCGAAUGCUCUAUGGAUCCUCACCACCAGGGUUACGGGACCGCCGUCGAUCUCUGGAGUGCAGGGGUGAUCAUGUACACCCUUCUUGCAGGUUCUCCUCCUUUCUGGCACAGGAAGCAGAUGCUAAUGCUGCGCAUGAUCCUGGCGGGAAGCUACCAGUUCACCUCUCCGGAGUGGGACGACCGUUCAGACACUGUCAAAGACCUGAUCUCCAGGUUGUUGGUGGUGAAUCCUGAGGCACGUUACACUGCCAUAGAUGCCUUAAACCACCCUUUCUUCCAGCAGUAUGUGGUCGCAGAGGUGCGACAUUUCAGCCCAUACAGGAAGUUCAAGGUAAUCUGCAUGACAGUUCUGGCAACAAUGCGCAUUUACUGCAAUUAUCGACGUGCCAAGCCAGUUACCAAAGAAGUGAUCAAGAGUGACCCCUAUGCAGUAAAGCCUAUUCGCAAACUCAUCGAUGCCUGCGCAUUCAAGAUUUAUGGACACUGGGUAAAGAAGGGCCAGACACAGAACAGAGCUGCCCUGUUUGAGAAUAGUCCAAAAGCUAUUUUGCUUUCUCUAGCAGCGGAAACAGAUGAUUCAUCUCUCAGAAUGAUGUAAUAUACACACUACUGAAAACUACACAGGAUAACAUGUUCAAGAAAUGAGUAUGACAUCGAAACCUCAUAAUGCACGAUUCCAAUAUUUCUCAUAUGAGAGUAAAUAUGCCCUUUCAUUUUAUUAAUUUUGCCCUGAUGAGUUGCAUAAUUUGCUGCCAACUUUUAAAUGCUGUUACUGAAAGCCUGGAUACCUGAAGUUCUCAUGCUAAUUCAGGUCAUGUUUAUUUAUUCUUAUAUAUGAUAAAUGCUUUGAAAUAUUAAAAGAAAACAAAUUAGCCAUUAUGAAACAAAAUGUGUAAACUGAUUUUAUGGUGUUGUAUAAUGUGGGGUGCUAUAGUACAUCCAGAUCUUUCCAAUACAAAUGUUGGUAAAAAAGCCUGUUUCU